CCGCCCCCGCCCAGCGGCCCGGGGGUCGCCGCUGCUGCCCCCUCCCGCCGGGUCCGCACAGAGACCCGCUGCCCUCGGUUGUGGGACCCCGCCACAUCGCCCCACAAACCCCCUUCCCCGUCCUACUGCCCCAGCCCCCCAAACAGUGCCCCACAACUCCCCCACUUCACAUAACCCCCAAACUCCCCUCCAGCCCGCCCCAUCGGAUUCUGCUCUCUCACUGCCCCCACAGCCCCCCACCCCCUCCUCCCACCGCCCCACCAACCCCUUGUUCCCCGCCCGGACCCCCUCCACAAUCCCACAGCCCCACCGGAUACCGUCUCCUCCCAGCUCCCCACAACGCUAAUGGCCCCACACCAUCCCAGAGCUCCACCAGAUCCACCUCCUCCCAUCACCCUAUAGCCCCACCAAAUACAGCCCUCUCUCAGCCCCCGGGGGCCCCACCCGAUCCCGCUCUUUGCCCCACGUCCUCUCACACCACCCAGGAGCUCCACUGAAUACCACCUCCUGCCACUGCUUCUGUACCCCAUCAUUGUUUCCCCUGCAAGCUUGGCUUUACUCCUGUCACACUGGUCUUUCUUUCAGUGUCGCACCAAUGGCCCCGCACUCUCUUCCUGUGUCCUUCCCUAUUUUGUGACUACCCUAUUUCCCUCAGCAUCUAACCCUCUUUUAAUUUUAAUCCCCAAUAUUACCAACGCCCCAAAGAAAUAAAAAUUUUCUUUUGACUCGAUUUCCAAAAAAAAACCCCCGAAACAAACACCCGACUUAACCUGAGGAAAGAGAGCAAAUUAAAGGUAGGAUCAGUAAGUGCAGAUGCCUGCUUCUGAGUGGAGCCCUAUUAAAGUCACUGGGGCUGUUUGGAGACACAGGUGUUCCCUCUUCUGGAUCAGUGUGCAAGUUUGGGAAGUAAUACAUUGCAUUUCUGGUGAUAGCUUUCAGCAACUGCUCCUGCUGUGAACUUUAGUGAAGUUUUCUCCAACCUCUGAUUUAAAAUUUUGCUUUUCUGAUAACGAAAUUUACAAGAAGAAGCGGUGAGAUAAGUGGGUCUUGUUGAGAUGGAGAAUCCCAAGACAGAGCUGAAUGAAAUCACCAGAAGCCCUUCCCAGUGUCCUAAAGUAAACAUGGAUCAGUUGCAAAUGGAGCAGGAGUUAAGCUUCAGGAAACUAGUAGAGAGUUCAGAGUGUCCAGAGCAACUGAAAUACGACUUCAACAAAAAUGGUGAACUGAAGCAUCUAGAUACCAAUGAGCCCUUUGUCUUUAAUUAUUACAAAAAUGCACAUGAGAGGAACCAUAAACGCUAUCAAGUUCUGGGACAUCUCAUUACACAGUAUGUUUAUGAGCUCCUGGAAAGAGUCUGCAAGCUUCAGAAAGUCCACAUCCCAACAGAUGCUACAGAAGAUGAACCCAGAAGUUUCUUUUUCAUCAACGAGAAAGCAUUAUCUAACUCCUCAAGCUUAAUUGUGCUCCUACAAGACCAUGGAGUCUUUCGGGCUGGUCAAUGGGGGCUAAAGACCAUAAUCCAUGAGGGCCUGGACCAUGGAACUCAAAUACCAUUCAUUAAAACGGCCCUUCAGUGCUAUGGAGGAGUGAUUGUUUUAAAUCCCAAUGACAAUUUCAUUGAUCUGAAGAUGGAAGAUGAGUGGUUAAGUUUAUCUACCAAGGAAGAAUCUUCCACUGUAAAUUCCUCCUGGUGGAUCCCAAAGAGGUGCAGCAGCAGCCCCGAAGAGCACACCAUUUACAUUUGGGAUAAUUUUAUUUCAAAGAGCGCAGCCAAGAAUGUGGCCUUCAUUGCCCAUGGCUAUGGAGGCUUGGUUUUCAUCAAUCUGCUCAUGCAGAGAACAUGGGAAGUGAUGAAUAAAGUGUAUUCUGUGGCACUUAUUGACUCCAUGCACCACACGUUACACCAGGCAAAAAAUAAUCCACAAGUGCAAGAAUGGAUACAGAAACAUUGCCGUGAAUGGGUAACAAACAGUAAACCUCUAGACAGACCCACGGGUUCCCUUGUGAAAGCGGACUGUCCUACAGUCUCUGCUGGGACUGAAAAAUACAGGUUAGCACCAUCCUCCACCUUACAGGCCAUUUUCAAGUACCUGAAGAGCACACUGAAAGCUAGGAACACAGUAGCUUUAUCUCGUUCUCCUAUUGUAACAAGGAGCAGCAAAAAUAAAAAGAGAGGCAAUAUAUAAAAAGAAUGCUGAAGUAUUUUUCAGGAUUCUUCUCCCUCUUUAAAACCACUCCGUGGAAGCUUGAAACUGAAGCUACCAUGUUAGUUUCCUUGCAUUGCAGAGUGAUUUAUGGCCAUAAGGGUGGUAUUGGGUUUCUGAUUUUUAUUAUUGUUGAAAAACUAAUUGGGAGAACAAAUAACGUUAUCACCAAACAUUAGAAAAGUUUGGUCUUUUCUUUUUGGAAGCUAAUUCUUGCAAUUUCAAAAAAAUAAUUCAUGUGA